GGCUGCCUAUUGGUCCAGAAAUAUGGAAUCAGAUGACGUAGUAGUUCCGGUUUCUCGCUCCUCAGAAAAGGUAACUCUCGGUCAUUUCUGUGUUAGACACACGACUGACCCGGUUUCCCUCCACUGAAGGUGUAACAUUUUGCGGACAGUGGACCAAAGCUUUUCAUACUACAGUUGUGGGAUUCUACUCUGUUUUUUUUUUUCAUUCCGAGGAUUCCCGUCUGAUACACCUGAAACAUUAAUAAAACUGGUCUGAAGACCACGUCUGCAUAGUUCCCUUCCACAAGUACAGGAUGGGCCUCCAGUCAGACUCUUCCCUCCAAUCUAUCCUCCUGUUUCCAGUCCACCUUGUGGUAUGGCUGUACUCCGUACUGUCCUUCCUUCCCUGGUACUACAUCACCGGUGCCGGGGAAAGAAAAGCUCUGUCCAAGCGAACUAAGGCCCGUUCCACUUCGGGCUGUGCGGAAGGGCCGUACCGCUGCGUGGACCACUUUGAUUCCUUGGCCAGGGAGGAUUUCCCAGGCAAGGACACACUAGAUAAGCUGUUUGAGCAUGCUGUGCAACGCUUCGGACCACAACACUGUCUCGGCACCAGAGAUUUACUGAGUAAAGAGAAUGAGAUUCAACCUAGCGGUAAAGUAUUUAAAAAGCUGAUCUUGGGGGAGUACAGAUGGCUCUCCUACAAUGAAGUGGACUCUGUAGUCAGUCAGUUUGGCAGUGGACUGGCAGCUCUGGGGCUGCAGCCCAAAAGCAGUAUUGCAAUCUUCUGUGAAACCAGAGCGGAGUGGAUGAUCACCGCCCAGGCAUGUUUCAGGCGCAACUUCCCAUUGGUGACAUUCUAUGCCACACUGGGAGAGGAUGCGAUCGCAUUUGGACUGAACGAGACUGGAGUUACACAUCUAGUUACCAGUGCGGAGCUGCUUGAAAAUACACUGAAAAGUGUGCUUCCACAGAUCCCAAAACUGAAGCACGUGAUCUACGUGGACCAGAGGAAAAUAAGCACAGAAGGCUUCCCAGCAGGACUGUCCACCCACAGCAUGCAGGCCGUGCAAGAGCUGGGCGCGCUGCCUGAGAACAUGGAGAGGGAAAUUGUGAAGCCCCAGCCCUCCGAUAUGGCCGUGGUGAUGUAUACCAGCGGCUCCACAGGCCGACCCAAAGGAGUCAUGAUCGUCCACAGUAACCUGAUUGCAGGAAUGACAGGCCAGUGUGAACGCAUCCCUGGACUCGGGCCUAAUGAUACUUACAUAGCCUAUCUCCCCCUGGCUCAUGUUCUGGAAAUGACCGCUGAAAUCUCCAGUGUCACAUAUGGCUGUCGGAUCGGCUACUCGUCCCCCCAGACACUGUCGGACCAGUCGACUAAGAUAAAGAAAGGAAGUAAAGGAGACUGCUCUGUGCUCCGACCCACCCUGAUGGCAGCUGUGCCGGAAAUCAUGGAUCGCAUCAACAAGAACGUGAUGACCAAAGUGCAGGAAAUGAAUUUCAUUCAGAAGACGCUGUUUACACUGGGCUACAAAUAUAAACUGGAGCAGAUCAAGAGGGGAUAUGACGCACCACUCUGCAAUGCCCUGUUGUUCAAGAAAGUGAAGAGACUUCUGGGAGGACGGGUGAGGAUGAUGUUGUCCGGAGGAGCCCCCCUGUCCCCGGCCACUCAGAGAUUCAUGAAUGUGUGUUUCUGUUGUCCAGUGGGUCAGGGCUACGGGCUCACUGAAACCUGUGGAGCAGGCACCAUCACAGAGGUUGUGGACAUCAGCACCGGUCGCGUUGGAGCUCCUCUUAUUUGCUGUGAGAUCAGACUCCGGGACUGGGCUGAAGGUGGCUACACCAGCAAAGAUGAGCCGAACCCAAGAGGCGAGAUCCUGAUUGGCGGCCCCAACGUAACUAUGGGUUACUACAGGCAGGAAAGCAACGAUAAGGACUUUUUUGUGGAUGAAAAAGGUCAGAGAUGGUUCUGCACCGGAGAUGUGGGAGAGAUCUACGCAGAUGGUUGUCUACAAAUAGUCGACCGCAAGAAAGACUUGGUCAAGCUGCAGGCCGGGGAAUACGUGUCUCUCGGUAAAGUCGAGUCUGCUCUGAAAAACUGCUUUAUCAUAGACAACAUCUGCGCUUACGCAAACAGUGAGCAGAACUACGUGAUCAGCCUUGUCGUUCCCAACCAGAAAAGGAUGACGGACCUGGCCAAACAGAGAGGCAUUGUGGGAGAAUGGGAGGAGAUCUGCACUCACCCCGACAUGGAAAGAGAGGUUCUGAAGGAGAUCAAGGAGGUUGCUGCUAACAUUAAACUCCAACGAUUUGAGAUUCCAGUGAAGGUACAUCUGAGUCCAGAGCCGUGGACGCCUGAGACAGGUCUCGUCACAGAUGCGUUCAAGCUGAAGAGGAAAGAGCUGAAGAACCACUAUCUCCACCACAUAGAGAGAAUGUACGGGGGCAAAUAACUUCGCUCACUUUCACCCAAGAGUCUCCAUUGUAACCGUAACUACUGUAAAUACUCUUCCCGGUGAUACCCAGUAGGAUUUCUAUGCUGUUUGUGUACCACAGGCGUCCAAAUGAAAAUGUCUUGAACAGAAAAGCUGGAGCUGUAGAUAGUUGUAGUUGUUGAUCCGUGUGUGCUGCUUUCUAUUUUUGUGUGUGUAGGAGUUUUGAUUGUCAAAAGAAAUGCACUCAAAUGGCAACUCUUAUUCCACGAUAAACGGUCCGAGACCAUUACAGCACUCAACUGCCAUCCACUUAAACGUGCUGGCACUCAGUUUGUAGCUAAUAAAAAAAUACCACUGUCCUCCAUAUGUUGCUUUGUUGUUACUUCCAUUGAAUAUAUUAACAACUGUAAUCAUCACGGAGGUUCAUAUUGCUCUUUUUGUAAAGUUGGAGUACUGAUGUUACUGUGCCUUCAGUCUGCAGUACUUGUGUAGUCAAGCAGAAGUAAGCUGUGUCUAGAUAAAAAAAAAAAUGGUUUACACAUUUGUUACCAAAAUGGCUAAACUGCCAUGUUAAUGUUUACUUGAGGAAAAAUAUUUCCACCCAGAUAUACACCGACAUGGAUCAUAUAGAAUAAAACAUACUCGUGGUCAUGUCUGCUUAUCCACCUAUUUUUUUUGUUUUAUUUAUGCUUUUUGCUAUUGUGUCAAUUGCUUCAGAGAGUAAGACCAAAAUGUGUUCACAUAAAUGACUCAGGAAGAUAAGCAAAUGUUUAAUAUAUUAAAUCGUUGAAUAGUUGGGAACUUGUAUAGAAAGCCCUUUUGUUAAAAUUCUCGUGGGCAGUGUAUUUAUUUAAGAGCGAGCAUGGUUAGCUACUAACCAACUGCUUAAAAUGCUUAUUAGCAUUAGUUAGUCAGAACUGGCUGUAAUACUGUGUGUAUUUUACCUCAGUUAAUACUGUGCGUAUUUUACCUCAGUUAACAGGUUAAUGUACAAUUUGGUAUAUGGUUCUAUGAAGUGAAGUCUGUUCAUUUUAAUAUAGGAGUGUUUUCUAUGUAUUUUCCAAGUAUCGUGUUGAUAGAUUUGCAUCAUUAAAAUUGUAUGGACGCAGUCAUUGACACUUGUCGACAUUGUCGCUUUACGGUUGGUCAUUUGGUGAUCUAUUUGUAUUUAUUACUCCAUUAUGAUCACAUGCCUUGUGCAACAUUUUAAGAAUAAACAUUUCUUUUCGUA